GCCGCGAGCCCGUCAGCUGAUUCUCAGCGGUUGCGUUGAGCCCCGGCUGAGGGGCGAGCAGGAAGGAGGGCCGGCGAGGGCGGUCGCGGAGGCGGAAGGCGCCCUUCUUCCAGGGGGCGGCGGCGGCGGUUCCCCGCGGCCGGAGCAGGUGUGAAAGCAUAAUGGCGGGUAACAGUUUGGUCCUGCCAAUUGUGCUAUGGGGACGCAAAGCUCCUACUCACUGUGUGUCAGCUACACUGUUAAUGGAUGACGUUUCAAUGAUCGUCACAGGAUGUCAUGAUGGGCAGAUAUGCCUAUGGGACCUCUCUUCAGAUUUAGAAAUAAAUCCUAGAGCUCUGUUGUUUGGUCAUACAGCAUCAAUCACUUGUUUAUCCAAAGCCAGUUCUUCAAGUGAAAAACAGUAUAUAGUGAGUGCAUCUGAAAGUGGAGAAAUGUGCCUCUGGGAUGUGAAUGAUGGAAGGUGCAUUGAAUUUACUAAAUUAGCCUGCACGCAUACUGGCAUACAGUUCUAUCAAUUCACAACUGGGACUCAGCGUGAAGGGAGAUUGUUGUGUCAUGGCCAUUAUCCAGAAAUUCUUGUUGUGGAUGCUACCAGCCUUGAAGUUCUUUAUUCCUUGGUGUCGAAGAUUUCUCCUGACUGGAUCAGUUCUAUGAGCAUUAUUCGAUCUCAUAGAACACAAGAGGACACUGUUGUAGCAGUAUCUGUGACUGGCAUCCUUAAAGUAUGGAUAGUAACUUCUGAAGUGAGUCACAUGCAGGAUACGGAACCAAUCUUUGAAGAGGAAUCUAAACCGAUUUACUGUCAGAACUGCCAGAGCAUUUCCUUCUGUGCAUUUACUCAAAGAUCACUUUUGGUAGUUUGCUCUAAAUACUGGAGGGUGUUUGAUGCUGGAGAUUAUUCCUUGUUAUGCUCAGUCCCAAGUGAAAAUGGACAGACAUGGACAGGAGGUGAUUUUGUGUCAGCAGACAAAGUGAUAAUAUGGACUGAAGAUGGACAAAGUUUUAUAUAUAAGCUACCAGCCAGUUGCUUGCCAGCUAGCAAGUCAUUUCGCAGUGAUGUUGGAAAAGUUGUUGAAAACCUCAAUCCUCCUCAACUCUAUUGUGUUGUAGACCAAGGAGAGGUGAAAGCAGAUAAACAGUUAUUAAUCUGCCCUCCCGUCACCCAAUUCUUCUAUGGCCGCAGGGAGUGUUUCCAUAAACUAUUAAUCCAGGGAGACUCUUCAGGGAGGCUCACCAUUUGGAAUAUUCCAGAUUCGCUUGACAAGCAGAAUAUGACUGAAGGAUUGCCAAUUACUACUUCCACUUCUCUACAAGAAGCAUUUAGCAAACUUUCUCCUUGCCCAGCUGGUAUUAUAGAUCAGUUGAGCUUCAUCUCAAAUAGCGAGGAGCCUUUGAAGGUGACGGCAAGUGUGUACAUCCCAGCACAUGGACGACUGGUUUGUGGUCGUGAAGAUGGAAGUAUUGUUAUUGUACCAGCAACUCAGACUGCUAUAGUUCAGCUUUUACAAGAUGAACAUAUGUGCAGAAGAGGUUGGCCACCUCACAGAACUCUGCGGGGUCAUCGAAACAAAGUCACCUGUUUGCUGUAUCCUCACCAGGUCUCCUCUCGUUACGAUCAAAGAUACCUGGUCUCAGGGGGUGUAGAUUUUUCUGUCAUUAUAUGGGACAUCUUUUCUGGAGAAAUGAAACACAUCUUCUGUGUGCACGGUGGAGAAAUUACUCAACUUUUGGUUCCUCCAGAAAAUUGCAGUUCAAGAGUGCAGCACUGUGUAUCUUCUGUUGCCAGUGACCACUCAGUAGGACUUCUAAGUUUACGAGAAAAAAAGUGCAUCAUGUUAGCUUCCCGGCAUCUCUUUCCUAUCCAAGUCAUAAAGUGGAGGCCAUCAGAUGACUACCUCGUUGUUGGUUGUACAGAUGGUUCUGUAUACGUGUGGCAAAUGGAUACUGGUGCACUUGACCGGUGUGUAAUGGGAAUAACAGCUGUUGAGAUCCUGAAUGCUUGUGAUGAAGCUGUACCUGCUGCGGUUGAUUCCCUCAGCCAUCCAGCUGUCAACUUAAAGCAGGCCAUGACCAGACGUAGCCUCGCUGCACUAAAAAAUGUGGCUCAUCAGAAACUUCAGACACUUGCUACAAAUCUAUUGGCAUCAGAUUCCUCUGACAAAGGAAACUUGCCAAAAUAUUCUCACAACUCUCUGAUGGUUCAAGCCCUGAAGACUAACUUAACAGACCCAGAUGUCCAUAUACUCUUCUUUGAUGUAGAAGCUCUGAUUAUUCAGUUACUAACCGAGGAAGCCUCCAGGCCUAAUACAGCCCUUAUUUCCCCGGAGAAUUUGCAGAAAGCAUCUGGCAGCUCUGACAAAGGAGGUCCCUUCCUGGCUGGCAAACGAGCAGCAGUCCUGCUUCAGCAGGUCAAAGAAACAGUCAAAGAAACAAUCAAAGAAAACAUAAAAGAACGCCUUUUUGAUGAAGAUGACGAGGAUGAGGAAUCCAGACAAAGAAGAGAGGAGAGUGACCCUGAAUAUCGGUCCAGCAAAUCAAAACCAUUAACUCUCUUAGAAUAUAACCUAACUAUGGACACAGCCAAGCUGUUUAUGUCGUGUCUUCAUGCUUGGGGCUUGAACAGUGUUCUAGAUGAACUUUGCAGCGAGCGUUUGGGGAUGUUGAGGCCUCACUGUUCUGUCUCUUUUGGCUUGCUUUCGAGAGGAGGCCACAUGUCUUUGAUGCUUCCAGGGUAUAAUCAGCCUGUAGGCAAGAUGCCCUCUAGUGAUAUGGACAUGGGAAAGUCUGUAUCUCUCCCAGAGGGACACAUCAGGGGUACGUACUGCAUAUCACGUGCAGUAACUACUCAGCACCUCCUCUCCAUUAUCUCCUUGGCAAACACCUUGAUGAGUAUGACCAACGCAACAUUUAUUGGAGAGCAUAUGAAAAAAGGACCAGCCAGACCACCUAGACCAGGGACACCUGAUCUUGGAAAAGUAAAGACUUCUGCUCCAGUUGCUAGUCCAACAACACAAGGGCUGAUUAAACAAGUUGCUCCUGCUGUUUCUGCUAGCACUGAAGCUGAUCACUCUGGCUCUGGCCCUGCUCCACCUUUACAUAGCUGUUUCUUAGUAAAUGAAGGAUGGAGUCAGCUUGCCGCUAUGCAUUGUGUUAUGCUCCCUGACCUGUUGGGCCUGGAUCAAUUUAGACCACCUCUCCUUGAAAUGUUGGCUCGUAGAUGGCAAGAUCGAUGCUUGGAGGUAAGAGAAGCUGCACAAGCCUUACUAUUAGCAGAACUGAGGAGAAUUGAACAGGCGGGCAGGAAAGAAGCAAUUGAUACCUGGGCUCCUUAUUUACCCCAAUACAUGGACAGUGUUAUAUCACCUGGAGUGACUGCAGAAACCAUUCAGACUGUUACUGUUAGUCCUGAACAAUCAGGAUCUGAAGCCAAAAUUCAAGAAGAAGAACAUGAUCUAGUUGAUGAUGACAUCUCAGCUGGUUCUCUGUCUGGACUUCCACAAAUUAAAAAAAUAUCUCUGUCGUAUGAAGAGAGACGGAAACAAGCUACUGCCAUCGUUCUGCUAGGCGUAAUUGGAGCAGAGUUUGGAGCCGAAAUAGAACCUCCAAAGCUGCUAACUAGACCACGCAGUUCUAGUCAAAUUCCAGAAGGUUUUGGCUCAACAAGUGGUGGAUCCAACUAUUCCUUGGCAAGACAUACCUGCAAAGCCUUGACCUAUCUUCUGCUGCAGCCUCCCAGUCCGAAGCUUCCUCCUCAUAGUACCAUCAGAAGAACUGCCAUUGAUCUCAUAGGAAGAGGGUUUACAGUGUGGGAGCCUUAUAUGGAUGUGUCUGCUGUGCUGAUGGGCCUCUUGGAACUCUGUGCUGAUGCUGAAAAGCAACUUGCAAACAUCCGAAUGGGGCUGCCUCUGAGCCCAGCAGCGGACUCCGCCCGCUCUGCACGACAUGCUCUCUCCCUCAUUGCCACGGCCAGACCACCCGCUUUCAUCACUACUAUUGCCAAGGAGGUGCACAGGCACACUGCUCUUCAAGCUAAUACACAGUCGCAACAAAAUAUUCAUACUACCACCUUGGCUCGAGCAAAAGGAGAAAUUCUGAGGGUUAUUGAAAUACUUAUUGAAAAAAUGCCAACAGAUGUUGUGGAUCUCCUUGUAGAGGUAAUGGACAUCAUCAUGUAUUGUCUUGAAGGCUCAUUGGUCAAGAAGAAGGGACUGCAGGAAUGCUUUCCAGCCAUCUGCAGGUUCUACAUGGUCAGCUAUUAUGAGCGAAGUCACCGAAUAGCAGUUGGAUCUCGCCAUGGUUCAGUGGCCCUCUAUGACAUCCGGACUGGAAAAUGUCAGACAAUUCAUGGCCAUAAAGGGGCAAUAACAGCAGUGGCUUUUGCUCCUGAUGGUCGGUAUCUUGCCACUUAUUCCAACACAGAUAGUCACAUUUCCUUCUGGCAGAUGAACACCUCUCUUUUGGGAAGCAUUGGAAUGCUGAAUUCUGCACCGCAGCUCCGUUGUAUUAAAACCUACCAGGUGCCUCCUGUCCAACCUGCAUCUCCAGGUUCACACAAUGCCCUCAAACUGGUCAGGCUUAUCUGGACUUCAAACCGCAAUGUUAUUCUUAUGGCCCAUGAUGGCAAAGAACAUCGAUUUGUGGUGUAAAGUCAGGGUGUGCGACCAAGGCUUCUUCUCCCCGCCCCCUUGCUCUAAAUACAAAUGUGUUUUGAAAUCUCUUAUAAAUUUAUCUCCCUCUUUAUGAUCUUAAUACUGAAGGGUCCAGACCAAGUACCCAAAGAUUAUGGAGCAGGAUUGGCCAGACAGCUUAUAUUCUGCUUGUCUCUGCACAACAGAGUCCUGCUUAAGCCUGUGGUUCCUUUAGAGGCAUACAGACUCACUCAGCAGUUAGACCAUCAUGCAGGAUUUUUCUCUUCAUCACUAGGAGAGAAAAAAAACAGGACCUUGAGAAGGUAACUUGGUUCUGGCUGGAUUGGUGAGAAUCUGAAAGAUCUUAAUUCUAUUGACUUUUUUAAAAAAAAUCACUUCACAACAUUAAAGCUGGCCUGAAUCUCAUCAUUCUGAGAAUGCUAAAAUCCGCAGAGUCUAAAUGAAAAGAAAAAAAAAGUCCUUUGAAGUGUUUUGAAACUUCAUGUUUACCAAAGCUUAUGUGUUUACAUUGAAAUUCUUCCAAGUUCUUGGAAGAUCAUAGAGUAAGGGUGUUCUGUUCAUUCCCCAAAUUCUGAUAGGAUCAGGAGAGAUCCACAUGUCCUGUAGAUACUAUGUUGGCAUUUUUUACCUGAAGAGAAAGGAGGAGUCAUAUGGCACCUGUGUUAUCUAGAAUCUGAGAAUCCUACUAAAGUCACUGGUUAAUGGCAUUAAAGACCCACCAUAUACUUCAGGUUUGGGGGUUUGUAAGAAAAUGUAUAGAAAAGAAGAAACCAUUUUCUUUGUGUAAUUUCUGAUCAAGAUGGAAACAAUGGCAUACUCCCAUUAGCGAAAAGGCAAUUUUAUGUUUCUUUUGUUGGGGAGAAAGAAUACCCCCAGUGAUGUUUGUUCUUCAAUGAAAAUUUACACAAAAAUAGGAAACAGUAAUAUGGAUAUUGAUAUUUUCUUUGCUGCUAAUAUAUGUAUCAAUAUCAGUAUCUAUACAUCCACAAAUGUUCUCCUUCAUACCUUCCUCUCACAAAGAAAUUAAGGCUCUUCAUAUUUAUACCACUAAGCUCUAUUAUGAUAUAAUAAACUAAUUAUGAUAUAGCAGAUUUGCAGCAUUUGAAUUAAUCAGAGGACCGAGAUUUAAGAGCUAGAAUUAUUUAAUAAAACAUAUCACUGGUCAUUACUGCAGGAAACAUGAGGAAAAGUUAACCUUCGGGUCCAUUUCAAGUAUUUUCCUUAAUCAGAAAAAAAUCACAAUAUGUUGAUUAAUAUUCACAUAUCUCCUGUGUUUAUUUUUUUCCUGAAAAGCAUUGUCUGUCCCCACCCCCUUCCCCAUAGAGCUGAAGGGGAAAAUGUAAAAAAUAUUUUAUUGCAAUGCUGAUGUGUUUAGGUAUAUGUAUAGUAUACGUGUACUUCUAGACUUGAAUAUGAGAAUACAGAGAAAAUGUUUUUAGUGCAUGCUAACAAAUUCAGCAAAAAUGGCACCUGUGGAAAAUUUGGUCGCAGAAUUUGUAGGAUGAAGAAGCAAGAAGGACAACUGGAUGCAUUUUUUUUUAUUUUUUUGGGGGGGAGCACAGCAUCUGUAUUGUCUCCCUGGAAAUUAAUGUUUUCCAACAUCUUUGCCUUCCUUUUUACACAAGGGUAACACUGAAACCAUUCCUGGUACUUUGCAUAAAUUGAUAUUAUAAUUAAACAAUUUAGUGAUCUGUUUAAUACUAUAUAUGUAACUGGCAUUACAUCAGCCAUAAUUAAUUAUCUACUUGAGAAUUUAAAAAACAGUAAGAAAUCGUUCAGAAUGUUUUAUAGCACUGUGACUUUGUUCUAUUGACCUAUGAUUUAGUGGAGAUAAAAAUUCAGUUGUAUAUUUUCAGUUUUUUGAGGGGAGGGGGUUAAAGAAACAUAUCACAUGUGUGUACUUGGUAUUUAUGAGAACUGCCCAAUGGGAUAUACAGAAAUGCACACCUUUGUUGAAUCACAAUAUUAUGAUGGCAUAAAUGAUACGUUGAACUAUAUUUAGGGGUACUUCCUCUUAGAUAACUUUCCUUUUUUUUUUUGUUUACAUAAUUUCCUUUGCUAUCCAUGCAUACCUUUUACAUUGAUUCCUGCAAUCUGUGGCAGUGUUUCUCAACCUUGGCAACUUUAAGACGUGUGGACUUCAACUCCCAGAAUUCCUCAGCUAGCCAUGCUGGUUGGGGUGUUCUGGGAGUUGAAGUCCACACUUCUUAAAGUUGCCAAGGUUGAGAAACACUGAUCUGUGGGGUCCCAUUUAUUUGUAUGGAAUGAUGCAUGAGGAAAAAGCUGAUUCCUUAUUGCAAGGUUGGCUAAUACUUCUUGACUCUGAAAAGACAUUUCCCAGCAGUAAGGAUGAUUGGAGAGGCAGCCCUCCAAAUUCACAAAGCUAUUUGUUUAAUGGCACUUGUUCCAUCUGAGCAGGAAUCUCCAACUGGUGCUCCUGGGAUGUUUGGAUUUCUACCUCCCAUCCCACCAGUGGCAAGGGAUUGUGAGAGUUGUAGCUAAAGUAUCUGGAGGGAACUAGUAUAGGCCUCUAUGAGCAGAAUUCUAUAUUAUGAUAAUCAGAGGGAUGUCAAUAAAAAAAAAAUGCACCCCCGUAUUGAGAAGGGUUUUGGUUUCCUUUCAAAACACAGUGUAAAAGUUAUCCACGACAUGAUACUAUGAAUUUCCUUGACAACAGCCAGUGACAUAAGGGGAAAAGGCAAAUGCAUAAUAUUGCAGCAUCAGGAUCUAGACAAAAAUUGCUACCUGUUACAAGGGGGUGUGUGGGACUCCCAUUUUGUCAUACUGCAGCCUCUCUGCAUUUAUAACAUGGAGGUCCAGUCUGGAUAUUCCAAACAUAUUAUGCUGUGCUGUGCAAAAGGAGUCCAAAACUUUUCAGUUUUGCUCCACUAUUUAUCUCAGAAGGGUUUGUGGCACAGUUCCAUGUUUAUUUUGAGUGGAGGAUGUUCGGUUCCCGUUUUUAUGAUUGGCACUGUUCCUUUUAUUUUACUGUGUUUAGUUUUUCAAACAAAGAAUUCCCAGCAUUGUCAAAUGUGAUGGAAAAACCCAUCCACCUGCUUUCAUCGACAAGACAUUGUUUGUUGUGGUGAAUGUUCUAAACAUAUUUUGAAUAUUACAAUGGCAUGGGAGGGGCAAAAUCUUAUAGCGGGAUGUUCUGCAGAAGUGUAAUGUGAUGCAUUAUGUGUGUUCAAACAAAAUUGGGGCUUUCAGACCAAUAGAAAAUCUGGCCUCCACAAAGGAGUAAUUUGACAGGAGAAUCAAUAUUUAUGUACUAGGAACUGCAACAAUCCACUAGGCCCUGCACAGGAACCUUGCACAACUCCUUCACUGAAAUAGAUGGUGCUAUGCUAGAGUAGCACUUAGUGGAUUUUUGCCAAGAACUCUUAAUUCCCCUAAGAUUCCCCAAAUGCAAAUCUGCAUUUGAGUGACUUUCUCAGCCCUCACUGUAAAUUUCAUCAUAGCUUAGAUCUUUCAGCACUGCAGUAACAUUUGUAUUGUCAUUCCAGUGUAAGCUCUUAGUGUUUUAUUGAUUUGUUUAGUACUGUAUUUGGAUUUGUCCUUGUAAAUGUAGCAACGUAUGUGGCUUCAUUGGCAGUUUACAAGCAAAAGAUGACAUGAUGAGACACCUGUAUGAAAAUGUUGUCACAGCUGAAGUCACCGUGUAUGGUAGCUGAUUAAAAUGUCUGCCUCAAGAAA